GGACCGGGGAGGGGGGGCUGCGAGGACUUCACUGACCCAACCUACAGGCAGGAGCGGAGUUGCUGGGGCGGAGCCCGGAGAAUCCGAAAGGGUCCCAUAAAGAGGGGGCGGGGCGAAGCAGGCAAGGCUGUCGGGCCGCCCGGAGGUUUCCACUAUGGGCAGGGAGAGGGGCGAGUCCCAGCCUUAGCAGGUGAAGCAGCGGCGUUGCGUGGCCCAUGUGCUCGGGCUGAGCAGCCGCUCCGAACUUUUCCCGGGGAAAUUCGACCCCCAGCAGCAGCGGAGCGAGAGAGCCGAGCGGGCGCGCCCUUGCCCGUGGAAGCCGAGCAGGUCGCCGGGCUGACCGUCCGAUGCUUUUGCUUUCCCAAGUGUCUUCUUCAGCCCCGGCGCCGCUGCUUGCUCUGAGGAGUCACCCAGGGUUCAUGGGCUGUCCUUCGUCUCUCCCAGCGGGCCUCUAGUCUCCCUCCACCAGGUGGUUGCAGAGGACUUACGGGACCCGUUCCCCUGCUUUCUCUCUCGCCUGUUCGGUUUAUGGUGGGAGAUCACCAGCAGUGCCAUGGCCUUCGCCAAUUUCCGACGCAUCUUGCGCCUUUCUACCUUUGAGAAGCGCAAGUCCAAAGAGUACGAGCAUGUCCGCCGGGACCUGGAUCCGAAUGAAGUGUGGGAUAUCGUCGGCGAGCUGGGCGACGGCGCCUUCGGCAAAGUGUACAAGGCUAAAAACAGAGAGACAGGUGCCUUAGCUGCUGCCAAAGUCAUUGAGACCAAGAGUGAAGAUGAACUGGAGGACUACAUGGUGGAGAUUGACAUCCUGGCAACUUGUGACCACCCUUAUAUUGUAAAACUACUAGGAGCCUUUUAUUAUGACAGCAAACUGUGGAUCAUGAUUGAGUUUUGCCUUGGUGGAGCAGUGGAUGCAAUUAUGCUAGAGCUGGAUCGAGGCUUGACUGAACCCCAGAUCCAAGUCAUGUGCCGCCAGAUGCUGGAAGGCUUGAACUAUCUCCACAGCAAGAAGAUUAUCCAUCGAGACUUAAAGGCAGGCAAUGUAUUGCUGACCCAGGAUGGAGAUAUCAAGCUUGCGGACUUUGGAGUAUCUGCCAAAAAUAUGAAGACCUUGCAAAGACGGGAUUCUUUCAUUGGCACACCAUACUGGAUGGCUCCUGAGGUGGUAAUGUGUGAGACUAUGAAAGACACCCCAUAUGACUACAAGGCUGACAUUUGGUCCUUGGGCAUAACACUGAUAGAAAUGGCCCAGAUAGAACCUCCUCAUCAUGAGCUCAAUCCAAUGAGGGUCCUCCUGAAAAUCGCCAAGGCUGACCCUCCCACCCUUAGCUAUCCCUCAAAGUGGUCUCCAGAAUUCAGCGACUUCCUGAAGACAGCUCUUGAUAAGAACCCUGAGACACGACCGAAUGCAGCUCAGUUGCUGGAGCACCCCUUUGUCAGCAAAGUCACCAGUAACCGAGCCCUACGUGAACUUGUUGCAGAGGCGAAGGCUGAAGUCAUGGAGGAAAUAGAAGACAAUAGGGAGGAAGGAGAAGAGGACGACUCAUCAGAAUCUGUGUCUCCUCAUGGCAAGAGAAACUUCUCUGUUGCAAGUCAACUAAGUUUGGAAGGAGAGAAGUCUCUGGAAAAAUGUUCAUCAUCACUUGUAGCUAAUGGACCAGAGUUACCUUCGGAACAAGCGAAGGAAGCCAUCAAUGGGCAGGACAACCAGAUUUCAACUGAAGGGGAUGAGAACUCAGAAAAAAACAUUAGCAGUUCAGACUUGUCUAGGGUAGAGGAUUACAAAGAUCUGCCCAAUAACCAACAAAAGUCAGGCACCAGUUUUCAGUUACAUCUCUUUGAAGAAAAGCCUGCAGAUACCCUCCUAAAUAAAGACAGUGAACCAGCAAACAAGAGUGAUUCAGAUAGUGGAGGCCAGCCGGAGAGCAGCCUCCUUGAAACGCCCACUGGAGAAAAACUUGCCAAUGGGAAUUUGAAUUUAUCCUCUCAGUUUGAAAAUGGCAGCUCAAAAAGAGACUCUGAUUCUGGUAGUACUUCUGCUUCAGAUAGCAUGGAUCUCAGCAUCUCCUUCUCCGCUGACUUGUCUCUGAACAAAGGCAGUGGGUCACUGUCCCUAAAGGACUCAAAAAUGCAAAAGAUGACACUAAAACGGACCAGGAGAUUUGUGGUAGAUGGAGUGGAAGUGAGUGUCACCACAUCAAAAAUUAUCAGUGAAGAUGAAAAGAAAGAUGAGGAGAUGAGAUUUCUCAGACGCCAAGAGCUGCGUGAACUGCGUCUGCUUCAGAAGGAGGAGCAUCGGAACCAGACCCAGCUGAACAGCAAGCAUCACAUGCAGUUAGAGCAGAUGCUGAGGCGCUUUGAACAGGAAAUGAAUACAAAGAAGAAAUUCUAUGACACUGAACUUGAAAAUCUAGAACGCCAGCAGAAGCAGCAAAUUGAAAAGAUGGAGCAAGAUCACUCUACGCGCCGGCGUGAAGAAGCAAAACAUAUUCGGACUGAGCAGGACCGAGAGUACGCUAAAUUUCAAGAACAGCUGAGGCAAAAAAAGAAGGAGGUCAAGAGUGACAUGGAAAAGCUCCCACGGCAACAGCGCAAAGGGACCAUGAAGGUGAAGAUGGAUGAGUUUACCCAAAAGAAGCAAGUCCUGGAACAAGAGUUUCUGGCCAAACAGUCUGGGGAUCUGGAACAGGCCAUAAGUAAUAUCACAGCCCAGAAUCGAAAGGAGAUCUGUGACAAGGAGCGGGAAUGCCUCAACAAGAAACAGCAGCUCAUGAGAGAUCGUGAAGCCACAAUCUGGGAGCUAGAAGAGCACCAACUACAGGAGAAACACCAGCUUAUUAAACAGCAGCUGAAAGAUCAGUAUUUCCUUCAAAGACACGAACUGCUCCGAAAACAUGAGAAGGAGCGUGAGCAAAUGCAACGGUAUAACCAGCGAAUGAUAGAGCAGCUGAAGAUUCGGCAACAGCAAGAGAGAGGCCGCCUCCCUAAAAUCCAGAGAAGUGAAGGGAAGACCCGUAUGGCCAUGUUUAAGAAGAGUCUCCAUAUCAAUUCCAGUGGAAGCGCCUCCGAACAGAGAGAAAAAAUAAAACAGUUUGCUCAGCAGGAGGAAAAGAGGCAGAAAACAGAGCGAUUGCAACAGCAGCAGAAACAUGAGAUGCAGACGAAGGAUAUGAUUGCCCAGUGUGAGAGCAACAUGAAUGAGCUCCAGCAAUUACAGAACGAGAAGUGUCACCUUUUGGUUGAACACGAGACCCAGAAAUUGAAGGCCUUGGAUGAAAACCACAACCUGAACCUGAAGGAAUGGCGAGAUAAGCUGAGGCCACGCAAGAAGGCACUGGAAGAUGAACUGAAUCAGAAAAAGCGUGAGCAGGAGAUGUUCUUCAGACUCAGUGAAGAGGCCAAUGGUCAAACUCCAGCCUCGCCAAACAAACCAGCCAAAUUUCUCUCAUUCAACUCUGUGGAGGCUUCCUAAUCCUUGAACUAGCAGGCAAGGUUUGCCAGCAGUUUAGCAGUUCACAACUGGCGGAAAGCCAACAAAGGACACCAAGGCUCCCUUUCAUUCUGCGCCCACUAAUUUUCAGAUCAGUGUCUCCUGUUCAGCUGCUUAUGAGACAACAAAUGUGGAUUGCCCCUCUUGUCCGGCUCCAUCGGAGAUGAUGGAUCCAAGUUAAACUUUCCCUGGCUGGUGCUGAGUUGCACUAGGAGAAAUGCAGAUGAGCUUCAUGGGAGAAAGCCAGUAAGGCCAUGUGCAGAGUUCAUGAUUCUUGCUGUAAAACCACUGCUUAACAGUGAACUUGUUGCCUGGUGUUCUCUUACUGUCCUGAAGCAACAUAUGCUAGAAACUGAAGAUAUGUUCAAUGACUGCUAAAUGUCAUCACCAUAGUUGUUAAACUUGAGCGUUGCUUUUCCUGGCCAACACCUUGUUAGCUUUGGUAAGACCCAGCAUGGUAGGUUAGUGUUUACCAACACGAACUUUGUCUGUUGGUGGAACUUGGCUCCCUCAGGGCAUAAAGGACUCCACAGACAGCUUUACAAAAGACAGUGAGGAGUUAGCUAUCUUUUUACUGUGGCCUCUCUUUCUGAGCAAAGGGCUCUUUCUUUUCCAUUUAGAUGUCUCCUCUUAGAAUCUCAUUGGCUUGUUCAAAGCAGCUCAGCACUCUUCCUGGUGAUCUUGUGGUACCAUUGCUGUCCUUUCUCAAAUGUGGGGAUAAUACUACCAGGCCUGAAAAAGUCCAGAGCUCAGGACCUUUCUCUAUCAAAUAAGGCAGUGAGAGAUUUAUAGUCCUAUUCAAAUGAAGUACCUCAGAUGCACGCAAGGACUGAGGAAACUGUUGUUUGACUUGACAAUAUAGCUAUUGGAUCAUCUGCCACAAACUAAUACUUUUUAAGUGAUUAAGCCUGGCAAAGAUCUCCGUGGUUUAGACCCUAAAGCAAUAAAAGCUCAAGUCAGCUAAUUAAUAGCCACGAGCUGCUCCUUGUUGUCCUUGAUAGCCAAACCAGUUAAUUUUGCUGUGGGGAUUUGAUGUUCGAAUCUAGAAAGGAAUUGCAAAUCCUUUUUGCUUCAUUUCCCAUACAGUAUUCCAUUAAAAAAGAUACAAUCUUCCUCUGCUCUACUCAAUUUGUUCUGUGAUAUUGAUUGCCUCCUCUUCAGUUUGCAAUAUAAUGUGUUCUCUUUUGUGGUGAUUGGUAGGGAGUUAUCUGUCCUAGCUCUCUUCCUUUCUCCAGGGAUACUAGCCUAAGAAAACGUUUGUGCUCAGGUUAAGGGAAGAGCUGGUGUUUGCUCUUCUAAAAAGUUAAAUAGCAAAAAUACCCUUGUCUCCAAUACAGCGCAGUUGCAGCUGGCCAGGGUUAAAGAUACUUUGUUUUGUGCCUCCUUGUAUGACUUUCACUGAAUGGAAAAAUGCUGCAAUGUGGAGGGGUUUUUUUCUACUGUUGUAUAAAGUUUGCUGUGAUUGGAAGAUAUGUUCUUGACAGAAAAUAGCACCUGCCUAAGAACUUCUUCAUGGCAACUUUAGUUGUCCUGCCUUUCUUUGAAAUAACUCUGGGUUUGUAGGAAGUCUAAAGGGUCCAUGUAACUAAAACCACGUGUAACAGAAUAGACUACUACAUGCUUGAAAUGCUGAAAAUGUUUAGUUUCACAGUUCUUCUAAAAGACAAUUUUUAACAAAAAAGAGACUAUUUUUUCUUUAGUGGACUAUUUUUUAAAAAAUCCUUCAAUAAGAAGACUCUGCCAGCUUACAUUUCUCUGCAAAUUGAUACCUUACUGCUUUGCAUAGUCAGUUCACACAUUCCUCCAUCUGGGUAGCCAUCCACAUGUGGUAAUGCUUGAUUGAGUACUUUGAGGUAUAAAUGCAAGCAGAAGGUCUUCAUAGGGCUUUGUGCUAACGCCAAGCACUAUGCAUUAGGAUGGCCCCACAUGUCAGGCUUUCUUUCUGGUAACUGUGUAACAGUAAGCGUUUAUGUCCAUUUGUUGACAUGGAGGUCUAGCAAGCUCAGUUGCCAAUGGGCUCCUCAUUGGAACAUAAAGAGAGAGAAUAUGUUCAGUGUGUGAAGCAAAAUUCUAUCUGGCGAUAAUAUCUAUGUAGUGGACUCUGGAGUCUAAAGAUGUUAGUCUGGCAAAUAUACAUUGUUAUGGUUAGAGGUCUGGACUUUGAAAGCACUUUAAUGUCUUACUGUACUACUUUGUUUAUAAGAUAUAGAACAGUGUUGGUAAGACAGGGACAAAGACUGGAGAAGGAUACAAAUUGUUGUAUUCUCCAAAUUCAUUGCUGAAAGAGAAGUCAGGUGUUCACAACAUUUUCUGUUAAUUCUUGUUCUUACUUUAUGUUAAAGAAAACUGAUAAUAAAUCUCAAGUAUGUUUUGGGUCCCCUCAUAUCUAGACUAUGUGUUCACACAUGCUGUUCCAGUUCUUUAGACAUCAUCCAUUCACUGAUCUGGAGGAUAAUUUUCAUGCCCAAGAAAUCAAACCAGGGUCUCAUUAUGGCAAGCAUAUGUCCGUCUUCCAUUCUGUGCCACCUGCCUGCUCUCAACUGCUACCAAGAGGUGCUGUAACUUUACACAAGUGCAAUAUUUACCUCACACAGUGUUUUCAAGGAAGCUUCUCCCUUUUUAUGGUAAGAAUGUGUUGCUUUCCCUUUUGUCAAGUAACCCUUUCCCUCAUCUAAAUGCAGUCCAGUUAUUUUUGUCUGUUGGGACCAAAGAAUGAUGUCAUUCCACAGGGUUAAAUAAGUGUUUUCAUAACAUUUUCUAUAAGGUUUUCACUUUUUGGAUAACCACUAUGAUGUAAACAAUCUAAUAAAAGAUUAACACCA